AUGUCUUACGACAACGUCGGAUCUGAGCGAUCGAAGCCUCGCUUUAUGCAGGCCACACAAGCAUCACGAGCGUCCAAAGCAACAACCCCUUCGCCUUUGCAGACGCGACCGGGUGUAACACCACUCCCAUCUUCACUCUCCAGAGGACAGCAUCUGUUUCAACGCGCGAGUCAGAGACUCACGAGCUUCAGCACUUCCAAAUCCAAGCCUAGUAGAUUGCCAAUAGUCUCACCUGGAUCUUCUCGCAACACAAGAGCACCUUCGCUUGUCCUCUCGAGUCCUACUCAGCGAUAUAGCCACCUACCAGAACCCAUUAAGAAACCAUCGCUCGAGUCACCGACCGAGAAGCCUCUCCCUAGUCUGCCUGUUGCGACUUUCGUUCCGCGAUCACCAGUCCAUAGGCGAUCACUCAUCGAUGCUGCUGAGAAGCCACUACGAAAAGCAGUCUCGCCAGGAAUAGAGCAAGACUGGCCUACGUUGUUACCAGCGAACCUCACGGAGAUACCCGAACCACAAGGCAUUGGCAAAUCGGCUGAAACACCUACCAUGAUCAAGCCAAGUCUCAGCGAAAGUUUGUACGAGGGAAUGCGCAAUUUGAAGGUCAAUGACGAUGCAUCUGGUCAGCUGAGAAGUAUCCGUACUGAGUCAAACAACAAGAUCAAUGCUCAAAACUUCACACCAAAGAUAUUCCACAACAGCAGUGAAGCAUUAAAGAACCACCCAGUCGAAGACACUAAGUUCCUCGAUCCUCGUCCGGCACCCGGUACUCCUCGAGUCGAUAAACAGGAUCGAUCAUCGACUGGUUCUAGCAUUAACCGCAGAUCAUCUCACCAGGGCUUGAACAUACUGAAAGCGAGAAGGAAAUUCAAAUCCAGCGGCCAGAACUCUCAGCCUCCUAGUUUCAUACCACAACCAUUGUCUACAACUAUCGUUCAGGAAAUGGAGGACACAAGCCCGUCCAAUAAUGAUGUAUCUAACAACAAAACUGAGCUCACCGAGUCAAGAAUGUCCCGUAAGAGGGGAGUCUCGGCCACAGGGUCGCCUUACUCGAAUUAUGUGAAGAAUUCUUCAAAGGUUGUACAGCUAAAGCGUGCAUGCAGUCGAAUCUCAGACAUGAAAGAGCAGGUCAACAGUAAUGAUGACGACAAGCACACUGAUGACACGAAAGACAUGGCUACUAUUCCUGAUACAUCCGUAGCUUGUACUUUGCCAAGUGAAAGACAAAGCUCUCUACCACUACCUACCAGACCGGUGGUCAAGACCUCUACGGUCGACGCCAAGACUAUAUUGUCAACCUGGAUGCGUGCAAAUGCCUGUGAGACACCUGAACAGAGCCUCAAAUCAGGAUCAUCGAGCACCACCAUCAGAAAUGGUCUUGCUUCGGUAACGAAAGUCAGCUCAGAGACAAAAGCCUCGACCCUGCCGUCGAUCUCCUCUCGGAAGUCGAGUAUGAAGGAGAAUGUGUCGCCAAAUCACCCUGGUGAUGAUGAAGACCUUUCACCUAUACGAACUUUCAAAUUUCCUGCUAAUACCUCGGAAGUGGACGACAACAGUUCCCAGAUGACCCGCAUCACCUCUGCAAGUAGUCUUUCCAAAGCAGGUACGAUCUAUGCACAGGACGAAAGAGGCAGAUACCGGCUGAAGCCUUUGUCUCUUGCAGACCCCAAACAUGGUCCACGAGUUCGCAUUGAUGAUUCUGCCGAUCAUCUGCUCCUUAGCGAUGAACAGCUGGCACAUGUCGAAGCUAAGCGGGCAGCAUAUAUGCACAAAAUCGAGUGGGCAAAACCACGCGAUGGUCAUAAAGAGAAUGAAGUGUUCCCAGAGUUGGAGUCCCUUAAAGGUACAAACACGAACACACAAGCGAACGAGGGAUCGAAUCCUGGCCCAGCCUUGGAUCAACAACUGCAGUCAAAGUCCUCCUGUCAUAGCUUAGGCAAAGGACUCAAGCUUGCACCGCCAGUUGCGGAAAACAUCGGCAUCCUCAGUCAUAGCCCUGAUGGUUGGCCGCUGUUGACUUCCAAGAUUGCUCCGUUUGCAGAAACAGAUGCCAGUGCACCAGCCUCCAUUCCUCCAAAUGUCAUUCGUAUGUCGGCAUCAGAGGCAAAGUUGGAGAGCACUCCUGGCACACCACUACGCCAGCAUGGGAACAACAAUCAGACGUCACCAUCGAGUGCAUAUACCCUGAGAACAGCUCUCAACAAGCUCCCGAACGAGGCCGAGCCCGCAACUACCAGCCUCAAGCCUAAGCUGCAAAAGUCAUUACCUGAAUUAGCACGACCACUCUUUCCGCUACGUACAUCUUCCAAGAGUGAUUCACCUUCUGCAUUAUCGCCAUUGCAUGGCGGUGUGCGAAGGCGAACCAGUGGCCGUUUACAACCGUUCGUGAACCAGCGAGCCACCUUUCGCCGUGUCACCAACAAAAGCCAAGAUGACGAGUAUACGCAUGCUCACCCAGCAGUUACAUCCGCAGAGAGUGAUACCCUAGCAUCUCCAGCUCAACAUAUGCAAUCAUACCAUGCGUCAACUCGUCACAUGAAUGCUCACCAAGAUAUCGACAGCGAUCUACCAUCCUCGCCCCUUGCGGUUCCAGGAACAGUACAUAGCAAUAAGCCCAAGAUGAUGUCUAAAUUUGGCGGACUCUUCCACAAGACUUCGCGUGAAGGCGACUUGCACAGAUCAGGCUCUAUCAAGGCUACCCACAACCACAAACCUAACAUACCCUCGCCUCUAGGCGAAACCCUAUCCGAUUUCAGCGCAAAUAUUAGUCGUGGAGGCAAUAUCACGCUCUUCACCGGGUUGGACAACAUUGCAGCCAGCAAGACUCAGAAUGGACUACUAACCACGAUGCACGGUACGGCCAGCAACGACGACUCUACAAGCAAGACCUCACAUUCAGCAUCCGCAAUCUACCACGGCAUGGUCAAAGAAACAUCCAGUCCACCUUCCGUCAAGCGUAAAUUUCCUCGUCUAACCGGCCACAAGCAUUCUGCAACAAUCUCGUCCGCGGCUUCAUUAAAACCACGCGACAUGUCCCCUCAAUUCAUGACAUCAGCCCUCGAACCACCCGAGAUCCGAGAAGCGACAACCCUAGCAUUUAGCCUCCUUGAUCGCGCACGAGAUAUCCGUUACGGAACAGGCGCAUCUUCCACACCAUCACCUACAAAUACCGACGAAGAUGGCGAGACUGUAAAUGAUGGCGCAGGAGUAAGUCAAGCCGACUACGUCGAGCUUGCAAAAGUUAUCGUCAGUAUCGUCGCCAUGGCACGAGAAGCGGAAAAAGCAAAGGAAGAAGCAAAGUCUGCGGCUGCUAGGGCGGAGAUUGAGAGUGUGAAGACAAGACGUAAUGUUGCGGAGCUUUGUGUUAGGGUGAAUAAUUUAAUUAGUGGUGGUGGACAGGGAAGGGGAGGUGAUGAGGAAGACGAAGAUGAAAGUGAAGGGGUACGGGACUGGAUGCUUUGA